GUCAAGAACGAUUCACACAUUCCGUCUUCAAGUCAUUAAAUCGUAACUUCGUCUGCAUCGCAGUUUAUAUCUUGAAUUUCACUCCAAUAUAUUAACUGAAUCAGACUUUCAUCAAUGGUGUGGUGAAAUAUCUUCUAUUUUAAACUGUAGCGAAACAUCUUCUAUUUUAAACUAACCCAUGCCGCGUGAAAAUGAGCAAAUCGUCAGAAAAUAUUUUAACCAAACAGACAGUGAACAUGUAUGGAAAUGCAAGUGUGGAAAAAAGUUGACCCAGAAAAAAGGAACUGGAUGGACAAACCUUAUGAAUCAUAUAAAAAACCAGCACCCAGAGUAUUCUACUACACAAGCUACUGGACAACCGUCUUCAUCGAGUUUUCUUUCACCAAGAAGUAGUUUGGUCAGUCGCUCGGCUUUAAAUUUUUAUGGUUGGAUUGAGUGGGUUUGUGUUGGUUUAAAACCAUUUUCCUUUACUGAAGACCCACUGACUCAUAAGUACACAAACUUGGGAAGUAUAACAAAUGUGGCCUUAAAGAAAUACAUGGAGAAACUUACUCAAGAAGUGGAAAAGAAAAUAUCUGAUGAACUUCCAAGUAAAUUUUUGUUGGUAAUCGAUGGCUGGACUAAGGGCUCGACGCAUUUCAUUGGACUUUUUGCAUCGUAUUCGUGCAAUUAUCAAAAUGACUAUUGUACUGUUUUGCUAGCAUUUUCACCAAUGGUAAGUGAAACAUCAAUCACUGCUUCUGAUUAUGUCGAAUUUAUAGAGUAUGUGUUAAGUGUCUAUAACAAAAAUUUAGAAAAUGUUGUAGCUAUUACAGGCGAUAACACCGAAGUGAAUAAAUCUAUAGCAAAUCUGUGUAGAAUACCAUUGAUUGGAUGUGCCUUUCAUAAAUUCAAUCUAGCUGUUUCUGCUUAUCUUGACAAGCAGGAAGUUCUGCUUAAUAAAAUUAAUACGUUGAUGGGCAAGCUAAAGUCAUUAAAACUGGCAGGUAAACUUCGGGAAAAAACGCCUUUGCAACCUAUACAAAGAAAUAAAACCCGUUGGACCACUACUUAUGACAUGAUUGAAAGGUACAUCCAACUCAAGCCGUUUUUAGAUCCUUUUCAAGACGAUCCAAAGCUGGUCGAUUAUCUGUUGACUCAACUCGAUCAUAAUGAUCUGCAGACUCUAAAAGACAAUUUAGGAAAGUUACGCUCAGUAACAAUUGCCUUGCAAAGAACAGAAUUAGAUUUGGGAGAUGCUCGAAUUCUUUUUGACGAAAUUCUUGCAUUGUAUCCUUACGAGGAGUUUAAAGAAUAUUUGCUUCCAUCGGCAGCAAUUGUGCACAGCCCAAAUUUUGAAAGUGGAGCUGUGAAAAUUUUACAACAUGCAGAAGCAGAGCUAACUGCGGAUGAAGUGGCUGCUCUCCAUCAGCUGAAAGUGGUGACGGAUACAUCACAACAGUCUGAUUUACCUGUAGAAGAUGAUGAUUUUGCUUCAAUUUGUUUGAAAAAACAAAAGAAAAAUAAAAUUUCACCUCAGCAGUACCUGAACUGUAGAUUUUUGUUACCAACAUCCAACAUCUUGGAACGUUUCUUCAGCUCAGCAGGUUACGCUUUUAAUGAUUUUUGGCAAUACUUAACACCGAUGAAUUUAGAAAUGCAAUUAUUUCUAAAAGUCAAUCGCGCUUUCUGGGAUGAAGACCUAGUUUCAGAAAUCUGCAAUCGUUCAUGACAUUUUGCUAUAUUAGAAAAUUCUAAUUGUGCUACUCUUUUGAGAGACUCUUUCAAUUAAAGACCUUCAAUUUAUUUUUGUCUUGCAAG